GCCUUUCCGAAAGCACGUCAUCACUGAUUGGCUCUGAAGGAGUACCUGCGUAUCCAUCCUCGACUUGGAUUGGCCGUGAGAUCUCGCGCGACUAGAGAAAAAAAAAUAGAACGUGUCGCGGGGAAGAUGGCAGCCACUACGGCCGGUGUGGGCCGGCUAGAGGAAGAGGCGCUGCGGAGAAAAGAACGGCUGAAGGCGUUACGGGAGAAAACCGGGCGCAAGGACAAAGAAGAUGGGGAGCCAAAGACCAAGCAGCUCCGAGAUGAGGAGGAGGAAGGCGAGAAGCACAGGGAACUCAGGCUACGAAACUACGUCCCAGAGGAUGAGGACCUGAAAAGGAGGAGGGUCCCCCAGGCCAAACCAGUUGCAGUGGAAGAGAAGGUGAAGGAGCAGCUGGAGGCCGCCAAGCCCGAGCCUGUCAUCGAGGAAGUGGACCUGGCCAACCUGGCACCCCGGAAGCCCGACUGGGACCUCAAGAGAGAUGUGGCCAAGAAGCUGGAGAAGCUGGAGAAGCGGACGCAGCGGGCCAUUGCCGAGCUGAUCCGUGAAAGGCUGAAAGGCCAGGAGGAUAGCCUGGCCUCUGCUGUGGACGCCAGCACCGAGCAGGAGGCCUGUGACUCUGACUGAGGUGGCUGCUGCCCCUCCACCUGUAGAUGGCCUCGGCAGGUGGGGCCAGGUUGGCAUCGCCCCAGGUCUUCCUGGACAACUGAAGCAGCUGAAUUGGGGCCGAGCCCCAUGGGGCAGGGACAGCUCCUGUCCCAAGGGUCCCUGCCACUCUGAGCGAGUGUGUCUAGACCUGUACAUAUGUCUGUGCUGAGCUUCUUCCAGUCUCAGAAGUGGAAACAAGUAAAUCCCUGUGUGCAGCAGAAA